AUGGCAGAGAAGAUCCUGGUGACCGGCGGAGCUGGCUACAUCGGCAGUCACUGUGUGCUGGAGCUGGUGGAGGCUGGUUAUGUCCCUGUGGUCAUAGACAACUUUCACAAUGCCAUCCGAGGGGCAGACUCGCUCCCCGAGAGCCUCCGGCGUGUGCAAGAGAUCGUGCGCCAGCCCAUCCUCUUCCAGGAGCUGGAUAUCACCGACGAGGCAGCGCUGCAGGAGCUCUUCAGCAAGCACCGUUUCUCAGCCGUGAUGCACUUUGCGGGGCUGAAGGCAGUGGGGGAGUCUGUGCAGAAGCCUCUGGAGUACUACAGGGUGAACCUCACCGGGACCAUCCGGCUGCUGGAGACCAUGAAAGCCCAUGGCGUGAGGAACAUCGUGUUCAGCAGCUCUGCCACCGUCUACGGAGACCCCAGGUACCUGCCCCUGGAUGAGAACCACCCGGUUGGAGGCUGCACCAACCCCUACGGCAAAUCCAAGUACUUCAUCGAGGAGAUGAUUCAAGAUCUCUGCAAAGCAGAGAAGGACUGGAACGCCGUUCUCCUGCGCUAUUUCAACCCCAUCGGUGCUCACGAGUCGGGCAUGAUCGGAGAAGAUCCUCAGGGGAUCCCAAACAACCUCAUGCCCUACGUGGCGCAGGUGGCAGUGGGACGCCGAGAAUUCCUGAGUGUGUUUGGGAAUGACUACAAGACGGUCGAUGGAACUGGAGUCAGGGAUUACAUCCAUGUCGUGGAUUUGGCCAAGGGCCAUAUUGCUGCUUUGAAGAAGCUCAAGGAGAACUGCGGCUGCAAG